AUGAAUUUUUGGGGAGUGAUAUUAUUGGCAAGUUUUCUUUUGAUUGCAACCUUCCUCAUUGGGCUAAUUCCGUUGUACUAUAUUGAUAAACAGAAAAGUGCACUCAUAAGUGAUCAGGAACGUGGUGAUUCGACUUCCAACCUUAGCACGAAUACUGAUAUUCAAACGGGCAACAAUGAAUCCAGCAGUUACCACGUUAAAGUUGCUGUCUUAUCACAAUUUGGUAUAGGAAUGUUGUUGGGUACAUCUUUCAUGUUGGUUAUACCGGAAGGUAUUAAAGCAUGUGUGGAACAUGAUGGCAAUGUUGGGGUAAAUUUACUAAUUGGAUUCAUAGGUGUUUAUGUUCUCGAUAGGCUGGUUAAGCUAUGGAUUUCAAAAAAGCAAACGGUCCACACACACGAUGCUGUAAAGUUCCAAAGCUGGAAAGAUAUAAUAAACCAUCCAAGACAAAUAUGGAUGAAUUUGAUACAAAAUAAUGUUGUAUUUGCGUUAUUCAUCCAUGGACUAUCCGAUGGGAUUGCGCUCGGUACCACAACAAAUAAUGAUUCGUUACUUAUUGUGGUAUUAAUUGCCAUUGUGAUUCAUAAAAUUCCUGCAGUUCUUUCUCUGACUAGUUUAAUGAUAUCAAGACAGAAUUUGUUAAAAUGGGAGAUAAUUAGCAACGUUUUCUUGUUUGCAUCAUCAACGCCAAUUGGAUACAUAGUACUAUCCCUUUUGAACCUGAGCCAUUCAUCAACAAUGGAUUGGAUUAGUGGAAAUCUUCUGCUUAUGAGUGGUGGUAGUUUAUUAUAUGCAUCUUUCACAGCGUUUGUUGGUGGAGAUUCUCAUGAUCAUGAUCUGAGCGUGGAGGGAGAAGUUGUUCUGCCCCAUGAUGAAUCCGUUUACGUUUUGAUAGGCGUGUGUAUACCGCUUGUGAUAUCGUUCUGUAUUUCCGAAGAAUAG